GUCACAUAUUCUGCAGAUGCUCUGUAUGAUUGUCUGACCUUCUUGCAAGAAUAAACCCCGCAUUUUAUUGCCUCACAAUAAGAGUUGGAAACAUUUUUCCAUAACAAGGAGACCGGAGUGAAGUUCUCAUGGCGUCUCUCCAUAUAUUGCUGACUCUGUGUGUAUGCGCCACAGCUCUGUGUUUGCCAAGAUCUUCACUCACAGAGGUUGAUGAGGACGAUGGAAAAGACCAGGAUAUUUUUGAUAUAAAUGAAGCGGCAGGACUUGAUCUGGAGGAAGGAGACAUUCUGGUGAAUGAGCCAACAUCUUUACUCACAGACAAUACAGAUGUUGAUGAGGAUGAUGGAAAAGACCAGGAUAUAUUUGAUAUCAAUGAAGCGGCAGGACUUGACCUGGAGGAAGGAGACAUUCUGAUAGAGGAGCCAACAUCUUCACUCACAGAGAUUGAUGAGGGUAAUGGCAAAGACCAGGAUAUAUUUGAUAUAAAUGAAGCGGCAGGACUUGAUUUGGAGGAAGGAGACAUUCUGGUGAAUGAGCCAACAUCUUCACUCACAGGCGAUACAGAUAUUGAGGAGGAUGAUGGAAAAGACCAGGAUAUAUUUGAUAUAAAUCAAGCGGCAGGACUUGACCUGGUGGAAGGAGACAUUCUGAUGAAUGAGCCAACAUCUUCACUCACAGGCAAUACAGAGAUUGAUGUUGAUAAUGGAAAAGACCAAGAUAUAUUUGAUAUCAAUGAAGCGGCAGGACUUGAUCUGGUGGAAGGAGACAUUCUGAUAGAGGAGGGAGAAGGCAGAAACACUAUUCUGGGUGAAGAGUAUCGCUGGCCGACGACUGUACCGUACGUCCUAGACAGCAGCCUCGAAAUCAAUGCCAAAGGUGUGAUACUGAAAGCAUUUGAACAGUACAGACUCAAGACCUGUAUUGACUUCAAAGCUUGGGAUGGAGAGCCAAACUACAUUUUCGCAUUUAAAGGCAGUGGAUGUUACUCAAAGGUGGGGAAUCGCCAAAUGGGGAAACAAGAGCUUUCAAUUGGUGCAAACUGCGAUCGUUUAGGAACAGUGGAGCAUGAGUUUCUGCAUGCGCUGGGUUUCUGGCACGAGCAGUCCAGAUCUGACAGAGACGACUACGUUACCAUCGUGUGGGACCAGAUUCAAGAGGGUAAAGAGCACAACUUUAAUUCAUAUGAUGAAACAGUGUCAAGCUCUCUCGGCGUGCCUUAUGAUUACGGUUCAGUCAUGCACUACAGUAAGACAUCCUUCAGCAAAGCCAACAAGCCAACCAUUGUUACCAAAAUACCAGAAUUCUUGGAUGUGAUUGGUCAACGCUUGGAGUUUAGUGACAGUGACCUGCUCAAACUGAACCGGCUAUACAAUUGUACUACAGCCUCAACUUUUCUGGACACUUGCCACUUUGAGGAGCCAAAUAUCUGUGGUAUGAUCCAGGGUGAUGGUGGAAAUGCCAAGUGGGCUCGUGUCCAAACAGUUGAGGGUGGUCCACAGACGGACUACACCAACCUGGGUCAAUGUCAAGGGGUUGGGUUCUUCAUGCAUUUCAGCACAGCCACAGGAACCCAGGGUGACACUGCUUACCUGGAAAGUCGUCUCUUUUACCCUAAAAGACACUCCCAAUGCCUGCAGUUCUAUCACUACAACAGUGGGGGGGUUGAUGACCAGCUGAACAUCUGGGUUCGUGAAUACACUGCUGAAAACCCCACUGGAGCCCUGAGACUCAUUCAGAAGAUCAGUGGUGGACUUCAAGGCUCCUGGGAAAUAUACCAUGUUACACUAGAUGUCUCUGAUAAAUUCAGAGUUGUGUUUGAAGGAGUUAAAGGAAGAGACACAUCAAAGGGUGGUCUGUCUCUGGACGACAUCAACCUCUCAGAGACCCAGUGUCCUCAAUACACUUGGCGCAUUCGUGAUUUUACCAGUCUUCUCGCUACGACCCCUGCCGGUUCCAAAACCUACAGCCCGCGCUUCCUUUCCCCAGAUGGUUACUCGUUUCAGAUUGGUUUGUACAUUAAUGGCUUGAAGGAUAGUCCAGAUAAAAUGGCAAUCUACCUCCACCUGACCUCUGGACCCAAUGAUGACAACCUCCAAUGGCCGUGUCCAUGGCGUCAGGCAUCCAUGGAGCUGAUGGACCAGAAUCCAGACAUCCAACACCGCAUGAACAACAUUAGGAUGAUCACUACAGAUCCAGCCAAGACCUCCACUGACUCCAUGGGUAAUGUCGAGUAUUUCUGGGACGACCCACGAAAAGUAGGCAGUCUAGUCACUGACACAGAUGGCAGUAAAUUCUACCGGGGCCCCGGUUCUGGUACCAGCAGUUACAUCACACAUGAUCGUCUGAAGAGUCGAAGCUUCAUUAAAGGAGAUGAUGCCAUCUUCCUCCUAUCUCUUGAAGAUGUGACUGGACUUUUGGAGACUCAGAGGAGGAGACCAGAAAUCAGAGACUUGCGAUUAGAGAUUGAUGACACCAUUGGAAGCUCUACAGCAACAGUGGCAAUAAGUGUUUUUUUGGCAGCUACCGUAUUCCUGGGUCUUUCUGUGGCCGCAAUGUUCUACAUGCGGAGGAGACGACUGAUGGAAAGAAACCGAGAGAUUGAACCAGAGAGGACGGAUGGUUAAACUCAAAUGUCCAUUUAAAAGGACAGUGGACUAGAAGAUUUCCAUGACGUCACAGGAUAUAUAAUGAAGCCCUUAAAUGGAGAAUUUUUUUCCAGAAUUUGUCAGAUUGAGUCUUCAUUGCUGAAUCAUCACACGUCUUUCUCUGGUCCCAAAAUGAACUAACGAAAAAGAAAAAUUAUACAGCUGAUAAAAACUGCUGUACUGUUGUCAAGAAACUACUAUUACUAGAUGACUAGUACAUUUUCUUUUUCUUCAUUUGUAAGUAGCUUUGGAUAGAAGUAUGGCUAAAUGAUUAAAUGUAAAAAAAUAAAUAAAUGCACUUAAAGUACUUAA